AAGUGUAAAAAACGAGGGUGAGGAGAGACUGCAACCGUGUGCCUCAUCUCUGAAAAACAGGAGUCUCAAAAAGCAGGGAGAGGAGAGAGACUGCAACCUUGUGCCUCACGGAAAACGAGAGAGAGGAGACACCAAAAACCAGAGAGAGAGAGGAGAGAGACUGCAACCUUGUGCGUCACGAAAAACAAGAGAGAGGAGACACCAAAAACCAGAGAGAGAGAGGAGAGAGACUGCAACCUUGUGCCUCACCAAUUCAUUGAGGGAGAAGGACUGCAACUUGCUUUCUCGUCUAUUUCUAGAGAGAGAAAGAAACUCUCCAACCUUUUCCUCCUUAAUUCCAUCCGGAGAGAGACUGCGAUCCUCGUUAAUUCCUUCCGGAGAGAGACUGCGAUCCGAGAGAGACUGCGAAUUAGUGAGUUACAAUCUCUUCCUCGUUAAUUCCUUUGGUAGAGACUGCGAAUUAGAGAGAGAUUGCAAUCUACAGAGAUUGUAACUCUCUCUUCUCUCUUUUUCAAAUUAUGUCUGCAGUUUCUGUCCCGUCUUCCACCCCAUGGCCUCUUCCAAACGAGAAGAAUCACCAAAGCCCUAACGCUAGCCCUAAUUCCCAACCAGAAUCUACAGAAGCGCCAUUUUUACUAGCCACAGAUGAACCACAGAAGCCUGAACCCUCCAUACCACCAUUUUUACCAGCUAUGGAACCCUCCAUACCGCCAUUUUUACCAGCCAUGGAACCAGAUGAACCGCAGAAGGACCUGGAACCCUCUAUAUCAGAACGGGAACCAGAACGAGAAGAAAAAACAGAACAAGCAACACCAUCCUCUUCUCGAAACCGCCCAAACCCUAGGCCUUCUUCUGCAUUAACUAAUGAAUCCUCUGAACUCUCUCCCUCCUCUUCCUCUCUGCUCCAUCUCAGCUUCAACCAAGAUUGUGGUUGCUUUGCUUGUGGAACAAGCCUAGGCCUGCAAAUCUUCAAUGUCGAUCCCUUUCGCCCUAUUUUCAGUCGCCAUCUUGGUCCACCUGGUGUUGCCAUUGUUGAAAUGCUCUUUCGAUGCAAUAUCCUAGCUUUUGUUGCAGCUCCUGGUCCUCACCCUCUCUUCCCACCCAAUAAAGUCAUGAUCUGGGAUGAUCAUGAGACAAAAUGUAUUGGUGAAUUGUCUUUUCGAUCUGAGGUUCGAGCUGUCAGGUUAAGGAGAGAUAAGAUCAUCGUGAUUUUGGAGCAAAAGAUUUUUGUGUACAAUUUUUUUGAUUUACAGCUGAUUCAUCAGAUUGAGACCAUUGCAAACCCUAAGGGAUUAUGUGAGGUCUCUCAUGGAGGUGGGCACAUGGUUCUGGUUUGUUUAGGGUUACAAAAGGGGCAGGUGAGGAUAGAGAAUUAUGGGUUGAAAAGGACCAAGUUUGUCUCUGCUCAUGAUUCUAGGAUUGCGUGUUUCGGGUUAACCUUUGAAGGAAAGUUGGUUGCUACUGCGAGCACGAAAGGGACACUUGUGAGGGUUUUUAGCACAGUGGAUGGAACCCUGCUUCAAGAGGUUCGAAGAGGUGCGGAUAGGGCAGAGAUAUACAGUCUGGCUUUCUCAGAGACUGCUGAGUGGCUUGCAGUCUCUAGUGACAAGGGCACAGUUCAUGUAUUUAGCCUCAAGCUCAAUUUCAAGGAAAAAUCACCUGUGCCUUCUGACACCAAUGCUCUAACGUCUGGGGGCGACCAUUCCAGUUCAUCACUCUCUUUCUUCAAGGGGGUUUUGCCUAAGUAUUUCAGUUCUGAAUGGUCAGUGGCACAAUUUCGCUUGCCUGAAGGGUCUCAAUACAUUGUGGCCUUUGGACAUCAGAAGAACACAAUUGUGAUACUUGGGCUUGAUGGAAGCUUCUAUCGUUGUCGGUUCAAUCCUGUUCAAAGUGGAGAAAUGGUUCAGCUGGAGCAUCACAACUUUCUGAAGCCGGAUGUUACUUUUUAGCGUAUGAAAUGAGGAUAUGAUCUUAAUUUACAAGAACAAUCUUAUUUCAAAGGUUGGUAGUCCUAUUUUUCACUUGUAUUCUCCCUAGUAACACACCAUGGGAUACGGUUUGGAUGAUGAUUCACCCUAAAAACCCUAAAUUUUAUGAGAUUGUAAAUAUCUGUAAUUAGUGGGCUUGCUACCCCUUUGGGUUGCUUGGGAGGGAACUUGUGAAUAUGGUGGAACAUAGUUGCAUUAGUUGAAUAAAUGAAACUGUAUAGAGUGCCUGUAUAAUGUGAGUAGAAGCCAAUGAGUUUCAUGUAUGCUGGACUUCAUCAUCCAUCUAUAUCAAGCUUCUAUUAUUCUUAUAA